CCCCUGUGCAUGGCAGAGGCUGUAUCUGUGACUUUCUGCAAGAGGAGCAGGGUCAGCUCAAGCUGCUCUGUUUUCCAGGGCAUGAAGUUGGGAAUUUUCUCCGUUUCUUUUUUUCUUUCUUAAAUUUGGCUGCCUUCAAUUCCAGGGACCCUGCUCUUAUUAUUAGUGGUGGUAGUAGGAUUGCUUGCAAAUAUGUUGUGUGGCAAUCUGCAGUAGCUGACUGGCUUCUUGUGCCCAUUGAAUGAAAGCCCUAAAAAUUUAAAAAGCAAAGAGGAAGGAUCCCUUCAAUUUCAAAUAUUCUUUUUGGUACUAAUUUGCAGCUGAGCUUUCCAGGCUUGGAUAAGAAAUGGAUAAGGAUGAGAUUGACCUUCAGAGAAUCCCCCCAGAGGCACCUUGGGGGCCACACACUGACAGUGCAUUUCAUGGGGUGGAAUUUCUGCCAGAAGAUCUUGGUGAGGCUCUGAAUAAGACUGCAAUGAGAGUGAAUGAGAAAUAUUCCUCUCUACCUGCUGAGGAGAAGGGGAUUCAUAUUAUCAACAUCCGAGCUAUUGAAGACAUCGGAUACAUCCAGCGUGAAAGUACAUUAUUAAAUUCGCUGUGUCAGGAUCCAGAUGCCAACUGCAAACAUGGACUCUGUUUUAGAGAUGGCAAGAGGAAAGUGGAUUACAUCUUGGUUUACCAUUACAAGAAAUCCUCAAUCAGUAAGACUCUCACUAGACGAAUUCAUCACAAUGAUUCAAGUGCCCGAAGUAUCAAACAGGAUCAUCAGCUUCCUGGGAAGGGCGGGCACCUUGACGUGGGAGAAAGUGAGCUUCACAUGGACUAUCACGAAGAUGAUAAGAGAUUCCGCAGAGAGGAGUAUGAAGGCAACCUCAUGGAGGCUGGUCUGGAAUUGGAAAGAGAUGAAGAUACUAAAAUACAUGGGGUUGGAUUUGUAAAAAUACAUGCACCUUGGAAUGUUUUGUGCCGGGAGGCAGAAUUUCUGAAACUCAAGAUGCCCACAAAAAAGGUGUAUCAGAUAAAUCAAGCCCAUGGUCUUUUGAAAAAAAUUAAUUCUGUAAUUCAAAAAAUAACAGAACCUAUCCAGCCAAAAGUAGCAGAACACAAACCAGAGACAGUGAAACGCCUCUCUUACCCCUUCUCCCGGGAGAAACAACACUUAUUUGAUUUGUCUGACAAAGAGUCCUUUUUUGACAGCAAAACUAGAAGCACGAUAGUUUAUGAAAUAUUGAAAAGAACAACAUGUACCAAAGCCAAGUAUAGCAUGGGAAUCACCAGUCUGCUUGCCAAUGGAGUUUACAGUGCUGCAUAUCCUUUGCAUGAUGGUGACUACGAAGGUGAAAAUUUUGAGCUCAAUGACAGAAAACUCCUGUGUGAGGAAUGGGCAAGCUAUGGAGUCUUUUAUAAAUACCAGCCAAUUGACCUGGUGAGAAAAUACUUUGGAGAGAAGAUUGGACUGUAUUUUGCCUGGCUGGGAGUUUAUACUCAAAUGCUCAUUCCUGCUUCCAUUGUAGGGGUUAUUGUGUUUCUGUAUGGCUGUGCGACCGUGGAUGAGAAUAUACCAAGUAUGGAGAUGUGUGAUGAGAGAAACAAUAUCACCAUGUGUCCUCUAUGUGACAAUACAUGCAGUUACUGGAAAAUGAGCUCUUCCUGUGCCACUGCUCGAGCGAGUCACCUGUUUGACAAUCCAGCAACUGUCUUCUUCUCUGUCUUUAUGGCUCUGUGGGCUGCCACUUUUAUGGAACACUGGAAGAGAAAACAGAUGCGUCUCAACUAUAGAUGGGAUUUGACUGGGUUUGAAGAAGAGGAGGCUCAUCCCAGAGCAGAAUAUGAAGCUAAAGUAUUAGAAAAAUCACUGAGGAAAGAAUACAUACAUAAAAAGAAGCGUCGACAUUUGCCAGAAGAGACAGGAAACAAAUGGAGACAGAGAGUUAAGACAGUCAUGGCUGGGGUGAAAUUGACUGAUAAAGAGAAACUGACAUGGAAAGAUCGUUUUCCAGCAUAUUUUACCAAUUUUGUUGGCAUUAUCUUCAUGAUUGGACUGACAUUUGCUAUCGUGUUUGGAGUCAUUAUAUACAGAAUCUCCACUGCAGCAGCCUUAGCCCUCAGCUCAACUCCCUCUGGCCGGUCUAGUGUUAGAGUAACAGUCACUGCAACUGCAGUUAUUAUUAAUCUGGUGGUGAUCAUCAUUCUGGAUGAAGUAUAUGGCUGCAUAGCCAGGUGGCUAACUCAGAUUGAGGUCCCAAAAACAGACAAGAGUUUUGAAGAGCGGCUGAUCUUCAAGGCCUUCCUUCUGAAAUUUGUCAAUGCCUACACUCCCAUUUUCUAUGUUGCUUUCUUCAAAGGCCGAUUUGUUGGACGUCCAGGAGACUAUGUCUACAUUUUUCAUUCUUUCCGAAUGGAAGAGUGUGCCCCUGGUGGUUGCUUAAUGGAAUUGUGUAUCCAGCUUAGUAUUAUCAUGUUGGGCAAACAGCUGAUUCAGAAUAAUCUCUUUGAGAUUGGUAUCCCAAAAAUGAAGAAAUUAAUAAGAUACAUCAAAUUAAAGCGACAACGCUCUUUAGAUCAUGAGGAGCAUAUGAAAAAAAAACAACGCUAUGAAGUGGACUAUAACUUGGAGCCUUUUGCUGGGCUUACUCCAGAAUACAUGGAAAUGAUUAUCCAGUUUGGAUUUGUAACCUUGUUUGUUGCAUCCUUCCCGCUGGCUCCUUUGUUUGCAUUGUUGAACAACAUCAUUGAAAUACGUCUAGAUGCAAAGAAAUUUGUCACUGAGCUUAGAAGACCAGUUGCAGUCAGAGCAAAAGAUAUAGGAAUCUGGUAUAAUAUCCUCAGAGGUGUAGGAAAACUUGCUGUAAUAAUAAAUGCAUUUGUGAUCUCAUUCACAUCUGACUUCAUUCCACGCCUCGUGUACCUGUAUAUGUACAGUGAGAAUGGCACCAUGCAUGGCUUCGUGAACCAUACGCUAUCCUCUUUUAAUGUCAGCGAUUUUCAAGGAGGAACAGCUCCAAAUGACCCAAUGGAACUUGGCUACGUGGUUCAGAUAUGCAGAUACAAAGAUUACCGAGAACCCCCAUGGUCUGAAAACAAAUAUGAAAUUUCAAAGGACUUCUGGGCUGUCCUAGCAGCAAGAUUAGCAUUUGUGAUAGUUUUUCAGAACUUGGUCAUGUUUAUGAGUGACUUUGUGGACUGGAUUAUCCCAGACAUUCCCAAGGACAUUAGUCAGCAGAUUCAUAAAGAGAAAGUUCUCAUGGUGGAGGUGUUCAUGAAAGAAGAACAGGGAAAGCUGCAAAUGCUAGAAACCUGGAAAGACAAGGACAUGAAAAAAGGUGAAAACUGUAACAACCACAGCCCCAAGCUCUCAAGGAGCCAAAGCGGGAGCAUGUCCUCCUGCCAUUCAUAUCACAUUGAUGUAUAGAAGAGGAGGGUAUUUUUGUUUUGUUGAGGCAUUCCAUUGAUAAACAAGCCAUCACUUAAAGGGCAAGACUUGAUUUAUGGACAACCAGGUGAAUGUUUAAGUAUGUGCAACCAUUUUGCUCCCAUCUUUGUGAGAAGUGCACUUCUUACAAAUAGGGAAGGCCACAUUCUAUUGCGGAUAGGAAUUUUUUUUUAAGUAAUGCAGGGAAUUUUUAUAUUUCAUAGUUAGAUAACACUAUGGAUGUUAGUGUGUGUUAACAAAAUGCUGGUACUUAGAAAUGUUCUCUGAGAAUCUGACUUUAGCUUAUUAAGAAAUAACCAAAGUAAAUUUCAAAUAAUAAUUUGAAAUCUUUUUAGCAGUCCAUUCCUGAAAAGCUUCGGGCAGAUCUACAAAAUAUAUGCAAAGUCAAUUUUACAAUGUGCUCUAGCAUUUCAUAUAACAGGAGAAAGGAAACAAUAUAAACCUUAUAAGGCAUCUUCAGUUUCAAAAGAUGCAGGUCAGCUCCCCUGGCAGACAUAAUCUGGAUUUGAACCUGCAGAUCCUAGGCAAACAAAACUCCCAUUGCAGUCACUAGGCUAUAUACACUGAAGCUGGUGCAGGGUAAAUUACCCAUUGGGAGAUUCACCCCAUCGACAGGGAUGGGGGGAGGAGGGGAGAGAGAAUAGCCUUUUUUUUUUUUUUUUAAA